ACUUCAAUGACCUUACAGUGGUGUAUGUAUGAAAUGGCUCGGAACCUAAAGAUACAAGACAUGCUUCGGGCUGAAGUCCAGGCUGCCCGACGAGAUACCCAGGGAGAUGUAAAGAAGAUGUACAAAGCUGUUCCGCUUCUCAGAGCUGCCAUCAAAGAAACCCUGAGGCUACAUCCCAUUGCAGUUACCAUACAAAGGUACCUUCCAUCAGACUUAGUUCUCCAGGAUUACACGAUUCCUGCCAAAACACUGGUUCAGGUCGGCCUUUUUGCCAUGGGCAGGGAUUCUAACUUCUUCCCCAACCCAGAAAAGUUUGACCCAAGGAGAUGGCUCCACGAGGACACUUAUUUCCGGGCUCUGAGUUUUGGCUUUGGCCCUCGGCAAUGCAUUGGGCGGAGGAUUGCAGAGUUGGAGAUGACCAUCUUUCUGAUGAAUAUUUUGGAGAACUUCAAGAUUGAAAUCCACAAGCUUUCAGAUGUGGGGACCACCUUUAAUCUCAUCCUGAUGCCUGACAAGCCCAUCGUAUUCACCUUCCGGCCCCUCAAGCCCCAGGUGUAA